AUGACUAAAAACGACGACAACGAUUUCACUUUUACACCAUUUACAAGCAAUUUGCUGGAUGAAGAGAUACAUGAUUCGUCAACACUUUCUCUACCGCCACCGGUGUCAUCAACAGUACGUUCCUCGUCAGCUAUUGAUAUUAUUACCAUUGAUGAACUAAUUCUUAAUGUUCAUUUAAAAUAUGACUAUUCAGAACUCAAGGCAUUUGCUGAUGAACUUGCAAAAAUAAAUAGAUUAAUGUCCAUAGGCAAUCGUCAAUUGUCAACAUUACAAUUAUAUGCACUUAAAUCAACACGUGAACCGAUCGAUAUGAGCAAUCAGAGUGUACGUAAAAUUUAUCGGCCGACUCUUUUUAUUCGUAAAAACGAUGCAUUUGGCCCAUGGAAUUUCAAUUAUUUAUUGAACAUAAUGGAAAUCGAUUAUCAAUGUUCAAGUGAUGAAGGCUUUCCUAAAGUAUGGAAAACAACAAAUCAAACGAAUGUUAUUGUUAACAUAAUUCAAUGUAAAGAUCAAAACUCGACGAAUUUUGCUACACAAAAAAAAGAUGAUACAGAAAGUGCGACGCCCGAAGGAGAAUCAACAACCUUAUUGGGAGUACUAAUACAAAUUUGUCGUCAAAACAAAUACGACGAAAAGGAUGCUAAUCUAUGGUUACGUUCUUUAAAAGAGGAAAGCAUUACAACUCUCGAACAUCUACGAACAAUAGCAUCGAAUGAUAGCUGGGAAAAAAUUUCUUGUAUAAAACAUUUGCCAAAACAGAUGAUUCGUGAUUAUAUACAGUUGAAUGCAGCAUCAAAUACAUUUAACAAAAUAGUGAAUCCAUAUGCCGAAUCAGAAGCGACUCUCAUUGGUGAUAUUCAUCGGGUUCGGCGAUACUUUUAUUAUGUUACGGAUAAUUUAAAACAUUUGUCCUAUUUGGAUCGGCGUGCUGUCGAUUUGGCUAUUGUUGAAGUACGACGAAGUUACGAUGACGAUGGCAACGUACUUAAUAAUAUACACAAUUAUUUACGAACAUUUUGUCUGAAAAAUGCUGUUGAAAGUGAAGCUGCUCAUGAAAAUCAACGCAAUGAAUGGCAAGCUGAGCUAAAACAACUUCGUUCAAAUAUUGAAUCUAAUCGGAAAAAAUAUGAAGAAUGUCUUAAAGAAUAUGAUACGGCUGAGACCGAUACACGAUUGUAUAGUGUACGUUUAGAAAAUAAAGCACGAAAAAGAGCUGAAGUUUAUGCGAAAGCUGAUCAAACCAAUGAUAAAAGCAAAAAAAUAGACUUCGAAAAUGAAGUGAAAAAUAUUCAAGUACAACUUGAUAAAAAACAAUAUGUAUCAAAGAUGAAGAAAGAAGAAUAUCUCAGUUUUGCCGUCAAAACAGAUAAUGCAGAAAAACAAAUUGAAAAUUUAAAUGGAUUCCUCAAAUUGAAUGUUGCUGAAGAGCAUAAGAAGCUCACUGUCAAAUAUGGGCGUGGUUUGCUUCUAUACGGGCCACCAGGAACAGGAAAAUCGGAAUUAUUGAAACGUGUCGCUGUCUAUGCUGGAAUAACAAUGACAACGACGCCACUGGCAGCUGGUGAACUUAAUCGACCUUAUGUUGGUGAAACUGAAAAGUUACUGAUCGAUAUAAUGUAUCGAGCUAAUACAAUACCAUAUUUAAUAUGUGCCAUGACCAUUGAUGAAAUCGAUGGUCUCGUACCGAAACGUGAUAACAAUGCGCAACAGUCGAAAGUCGAUGGUAUCAGUGUACUUCUUUCACACAUUGAAGGUGUAAAAAAUAUUCCUAAUUUGAUUGUAUUCGGCGCUACGAAUCGACGUAAUAUGAUGGACGAAGCAUUCCUGCGUCGUAUGCAAGCGAAGUGUUUUGUUGGUCGACCUUCGCCGCAAAUACGUAAAAAAAUGUUACGACCACUUUUAGUCAAGGAUUCACGAACAUUCAAUAGUCAACGGAUUGAUUUUCUUGUCAAAGUAACAACAAAUUUUAGUGGAGCUGCUGUCGGCGCACUUAAAUCGAGCAUCAUUGUAGCUAUGGACAAUCAUCCAACACUCAGCGAUAAUGAAUUACUUGAAUUGGCUGAUAAUGCUGCACGUGAAUUUAGUUGUUGGUUCGGUAUUGGUACAUUACCAGAAAUAUGUCGUCUUCAUCCGAAUAUUUUUAAUUCUCAACAACAAGAAGAAUUUUCAUUGAGUCUACCUAAAACAUCGCCAACAGGCCGUAUUCUUGUUGAUUUACAAGAACGUAACUGUCUAAUUGAACUCACGAAUGAACCUACACUUGAAAAAGAUCUUUGCAAAGAAGAAACAUCAAUAUUAACUUUACUUGCUCGAUUUGUUCAUGGAUGUUCAAGUCGUAAUAUUGAUACGAUUCAAAUUAUUGAUCUAAAUUUUCUUACUAAACAAAAUGCUUUUGAUGAAAAUCAAAGAUUUGAAUUAUUAACAACGACUUUUCUAGAAUGUAAUGAAUAUAAUCGUUCUAUGUUAAUUUUUGAUAUCGAUUCAUUGAUCAUGCUCAAUGUGUCCGAUUCAGAAAUGUCAAAAUCAUUAUCAAUAUCGAACAUUACUCUAUAUCAAUUUAUAAGAGAAAAAUGUAAAACAGCAAUCGUCGAACAAAAGUCAAAGAAUGAAAAUAAGGAUGAAUAUGAUAAUAAAGAAAAAUGGAUUGUUAUGAUUGUUAAACAUCCACUAUUGCGUAGUCUUCUUAUUGAAGAUAUUGAAUUUAAGAAAACAAGUCAACAAAUUGAAAAAGAAAUAGCUGAUGAACACCAAAGACUUGAUAAUGAGACAGAAAAACAAUGUCCGAAAUGUUUACAAAAUUAUAUUCCAUCGAAAAUUAAUCAUGGUAGUUGUCGUUAUCAUGACGGAUUUGUUUACGAUCUAGAUAAUAAUAGAAAUUUAACUCAUGAUGAAGCUCAAUGUAUGAUGUUGCAGGCUAAAAUUACUAAUCGUAACGCAGAACAACAACCGAAAUUAAUUUGGGCAUGUUGUCUUGGUGUAUAUGGUCAUGAUGCACCAUGUCAAAUAGGUCUAUGUGGUUUACCUGAAGAAUUAAAAAUGGAAACGAAUAUUGAUUUAUCAAGACAAGAUUUAGUUACUUUGGUACAAAAUCAUUUUAUGAAGAAUAAACGAGCUGAACAGAAAAUCAAAAAUUUUAUUGAUCAUAACAGAAGAGCAUCAAGAAAUUUGAUAACUAGUAAGUUAAAUUCAUCGCCAAAAAAUUGA